CAUGAACAGUCGCGAACAUCGUGGGGUCCAGCCGUGGAUCCACUUUGAGAGCUCGAACCCUAAACAGAUCACAAUGUUGCGCGCGCUCUCAAUCGUGAAGCUUUUAGUCCUGUUUUGGGUUCCGAAGAAGCACGAAAGAUUUCAAGAUUUCAACGGGAAAGAACCGCUCAUGGGCAGCCUUCUGUAAGCUUGAGGAAGAACCAGCACAACAAGAAGAGCCAUCACCAGCCCAACCAGAGACCAGAGACACCACCAGUUCGUUCGUCAAGUUUCCUUGUCUCGCCUCUUUCUUCUUACUCGUGCCUUUGCGAUUUCUGUCUUGGGCGGUGUUCGUACGAACUCCAGCACGGUUGUGCGAGGUUUCCAAAGAACAUUCAUUGCCCAAGCAACCCAAAAAGUUCUAUUUGUCUUUCCUGCUCUUGUGAAUCAAUCACAUCAAUCGGCACCUUACUCGAGCAUCAGUUUGCCAUACUUGCUUUGGCCAGAUUCCAUCUUGUUUUCCCACUAAAUUGAUAAUGACUGCAACUACAACUAAAAACAACACUACCGUUGGUUCCACAACAGCAAAUACUGCUGAUGAAGAAAACCAGCUCAAGACGCUCGAUAGCGAGCCCAACGACAACCAACUGAAACCAGGUGGAGCCUUUCCAGAGGAAGAUUCAGCCCCCAACGAAGAACCAGAUAUUAUGGUUGUCGCUCUAGCUGAUGAUGGCGAAGAAGCCGACGACGGUGUGGCAGAAACAGCCACGAAGGACGAACGGAAACAAGAUGAGAACCCCUCAGACGAGACACAUUUUGCCGAUGAACAAGACCCAGAGCUCAAAUUCCCGUUUCCAAAAGCCUUCCACGAUCCAAUCAGCAAUAAGAUUAUGGUCGACCCUGUCGUCUUGCCAGACGGUAACAGCUACGAAAAGGAAGAUGUGAUUUCCCGUGCCAAUGGCGAAAUCCACUAUCCAAACCGUGCACUAAAGGCAUACAUCGAGGCGGAGCUGGAUCGAUACGGGGAUGCAGGCACUGUACGGGCGGCCGUGCAACAGUGGGGUGAGAGCUUGCGAUCGGGGUGGCAACGGCUGAUAGAAAAUUCGCCCUUGCCAGCGGGAGAAGAACGAACUCUGCCAACGGCAUUUUACGGACCCAUCACAUUUGAACUCUUGCAGGAACCCGUCAUUGAUCCUGACGGACAUUCGUACGAAAAGGCUGCAAUUUACCAAUGGAUCCAGGCCAAUGGCGACUCCCCCGUCACGCGAAAACCUUUGACAAUCGAACAACUUUACGACAACAACGCCUUGCUGAAUGUGAUGGAAGAACUCAGCGACGAAAAUGGACCACAACCCGUAAGCGCGUGUAUGCGUCGAUGGAAAGAGGAACACUUGAACCACACUCCCACUCCGCCGCCGGAUCCCACGGCACCUCAAGCCAGCAAUAUAGAAAGCAGCAACCAUGGCCCUACCAUGCCGAAUCCACAAUAUCCAACAACCCGAGAAGAUUUGGAGGCUUUGCAGCGUCUUCGAAACCAAAAGCAUGCCACUCUGUUCGGAAUCCUGGUCAUCUGCCUGCUCAUCUUCUUUUUCGCGCCGUCGUACUUUUUGUGCUUCCUAAUGAUUCUGGUGGCGGCUUCGAUUGUAUAUGCGCCACAGAUGGCCCGCCAUCGACAGCUAGAAGAUCGUCGGCGAGAGAUCAUUGCGGAGGCUUAUCGCCGACAGCAGCGACAGCAACAACGCCGACAACAACAGCAACCACAGGCGGCUCCCUAAGUCGAUCAAAAAUGCAACGAGAACCAGCCAUCUCUUCUUAUGGUCAAUACGGACCACCAACAUGAAAGUGGCGACGAAUUUUGCUUCGAAGUUGGCUGCAGCCGAUAAAAGGAAAUAUCAUCCACAACCCCAACAACAAUUCAAUGAGUAACUCAUAGCAGCAAAUCGCAUGUACCACUGGAUGUGUACAAUGAUUCUAACAUGUAAUAAAAAGGGGGAAAACACAAGCCUUCACUGCGAGAGCCAUUAGUAGCCAACCGGUAGGUGCCGGUACCAACGGAUGAAGCUGAAUGACAUCCGAAAUUUGUAUUGAAAUGU